AUGCACCAUCUUCUUCAUCCCAACCCUCAUUCGGAGCCCUGCUUAUACCAUGUCCCGAUCGACCUCGGCAGCUUCGUCAAGAAGAGCAGAUUGCGAACUUCGUUUUGCUUAAACUCGACGGGUACCGGCCUGAUUUCAUAUGGCUCGUUUUCUUUAUGCGGAGGGGCUACGGCGCGAGCCCGAACAAAGACAUUUGGACCAAUCUUGCGCAUUGGAAUCAUAAGAAAGUCCCCCUUUGCCGUCCUCCUUGAGUUCCGGGUCCAUGCAAUUGAGCUUGAGCGCAUACUGAGAACUCUUGGUGGUUUUGGUUUCAUCAACUUCAAGAAUGUACUCCGGCACGCCAAAUUUCAGCCUUUGACUGGUAAGAUGUAUAUCGCCAUCAUCCAAGAGGGCAUCUAUGACAAGGUCCAUAUUUUGACAUUUUUCAAACUCGGUGACUGA